AACUUGCCUCGGUCCCGGCGCGGGCAGCGGCGGCCGCGGGCUCCGCACGGGGUGCCUGGGGCCUGGACGGGGCGCCGCGCGGAGGAGGAGACGGCGGGAGGCCGUGCCGGGCAGGUUUCUGGAACAGACCUAGAGCUUCACCAAGAGAAUUCAACUUGGAAACCAAGACUGGUAGACUCUCAUUUCUUCCGACAAGAGGCAGAAGUCAGAGAGAGACCUCGGAUUCUUGGGACACCUGUUUUCCUUUUGGAGGACGCUAAGUUCUUUGAGAAGACGAAGGCAGUUAAAAUAAUGGCAACCGAACUGAAAGAACUGGAAGGAGCCAUUACUGUGAUUUGGUGACAGUUCUUCAAACAACAGUGUCUUAAGGAAAACUGGACAAAGAACUUCUGAACUUUUUGGGUUCAUUAAGUGAAGUCAGCAUGGCUCAGGUAAAAAGCCCUAGCAUCCUCCUUCAAGACAAUUCACUGGGAAGCCUGUUUGCAAUGUCACUCUUGAAUCCUGCCUUAGUCAACAGUAUUGACCAUCCCCAGUGAGCCGAGCUCUGUAUUAAGCACCAGGGGGAGAUCUAGAGGAAGGAAAGGAGACAGGCCACAGCCCCUGCCUUCAGGGAGCUUCCAGUCAAAUGAAGGAGGUAGGCUGUAUACCACGUCACAGGCGCUGAUGGGCCAUCGGCAAAGCACCUUGUACCCGGUGUGCUUUUGGAAUUUUAUUGAGCUCCUGUUACAUGCAAGGCAUUGUGCUUGGAAUACAAAGAUGAAUAAGAUUGUCCUUGUCCCCAGCAAGUCUUCUGGCUUGUGAAGGCCUAGCAGGUGUGAGUUUGGUUCCCACUGCAGCCAGCAAGAAGAUGAUGCUGAGCCAGAUUGCCAGCAAGCAGGCCGAAAACGGCGAGCGGGCAGGUAGCCCUGAUGUGCUGAGGUGCUCAAGUCAGAUGGACUGUAAGCCUAGAUUUGAUUUGUCUUCCAAGGGCCACCGAAAAGACAGUGAUAAAUCCCGCAACCGCAAAGAGGACGACAGCUUGGCUGAGACCUCUCAUUCAAAAAAGACUGUUAAAAAGGUGGUGGUAGUGGAACAAAAUGGCUCUUUUCAAGUAAAGAUUCCCAAAAAUUUUAUUUGUGAACACUGCUUUGGAGCCUUUCGGAGCAGUUACCACCUCAAGAGGCACGUCCUUAUCCACACUGGUGAGAAACCGUUUGAGUGUGAUGUCUGUGAUAUGCGUUUCAUCCAGAAGUACCAUCUCGAACGCCACAAGCGGGUACACAGUGGGGAAAAGCCUUACCAGUGUGAACGAUGUCAUCAGUGUUUUUCUCGGACAGACCGAUUACUCAGACACAAACGGAUGUGCCAAGGAUGCCAGUCCAAGACUUCUGAUGGGCAGUUUUCUCUAUAGGCACGAGGGGCCUAGGUGGUGGGAGUGCUAAGGAGAGUCUCUGGAAGAGCAUAGUCCUGUGAUCUGACGGUCCCACCACCGCUCCUUCUGAACCUGUCCCCCUUCCUAGAGGACUGAGCGUCCGAGGACAUCAGCUCCAGAGCCUCAGCUCUGUAACCAGUCUGAGACUAUGAGUAUCCUGGGGACACCUGCAGCAUUCCUGGGCAGGGGAGCUGGUCCCUGAACCUCAGCUGAGGUGAGGUGGGGACUCAAAGGUGCAGGACCAAGACUGAAAAGUUCCCACAACCUUGGACUGGAAUUGGCAGCUAAAAUGGAAAGGACCGGGGAGGAGUAUUUGUUUGUUCUGCUCUUGUUUUUGUUUAUCCAAAAGCAAUUUCAGCAGGUAAACUGGGGGUACAGGUAGCGUGGAGGGGAAAGUCCUGAAGCACAGCAAGGACUGUGGCUGGUCCAGCCCUUUCUGUCACUGUAGUCCCUUGGUGUUCCACAGCCCUUACUUCCUCUUUGAAAGCUAAUAGGACCGGGGCUGGCAGCUGAGCUUCCUUGGACUUCUUAUACACUGUGAAGACAAAAGGAGAAACUGGGAAGGACAGAUGUGGGCUGGACAAGAAGAGUGGUAUUGUGUCACGGGUGUUCCCAUGGUUUCUGCGGCACUGAGGCCUGAUGGGGUCAGCUCAAGUGCCUUGUGUGGGAAACUUGGGUGGGGUAGCCCAUGCAGCCCUUUUCUCUGGGCAGUUGGUCUUGGUUGUGGUUUGUGGCUACCUCGCUUGUCCUUGACUCCAGAAUCCAGGCAGACUUGAGCAGGGAGUUGUGGGUGUCUGCGUGAGCUGUCCUUUUGUGCCCUCUUAGACCAAGUAUAGUUCAAAGUUUUGCUAACAACUGUGAGAAGAGCAAAAAUUGUGACAGCCCUUAUGUGACUUGUGUGAUGGAACCCUCUCCUUGCCAGAAUCAUCUGCCUGUUCAAGUAGAGGAGAUGGAGGUCUGGUCUGGUCUGGUCUUCAGUCUCAGAGAACCGACCUUGGCUCCCUCAUGAUAGGCAUCCCAGUAGAGUGGUGGAGGAGGGUACUGCAGAGGAAAGAUUACAGGAAGAACCUAAUGUCUGUUUAAUUCUUGACCAUACUCUGUUCCAACACCCUUCUAUCUUGUCUAUCCCUGGAAAAGUGAUUGGAUUUGUGUGUGUCUGCUUUGUGAGUGCUUGUGUUUCUUUGCUUGGAAAGGAUGAGAAUUAUUGACUGAAAUUUAUUCGGCCACCAACUUUGAGAACAGAAAGUGGACAGAAAAUGUAGGGCAGCCUUGCCACCCAGACCUGCAGGACCACCGCCUCCCAGAGCUCGAUGAGAACAAGGGAACAGAGGGGCUUGUUUGAGAAAGGUUGAGGGUUUUCUCGUUGUUGUUAGGUUGAUUUAACAGUGUACUGAUCAGAGUGUUUCUAAGCCAGGGCUUCUGAACAUGUAUUUCCUAAAGUGAAAUAGCUCUCUUCCUGCUAAAGAAAGGAUUCUUAAGGGAGAUUUUGGGAUUUCGUCGAGUGCUGCCUGACCCGAGGCUACUUCAGGUGUAAUCAUUGGGUUUAUACCUGAUUACACAGCUGCGGCUGUGGGUAGGAAUCUGAGAUGGUGGCCUCCAGGAAGAAGUUCUGGACUUGCAAAUGAGAGCCAGGCAGCAACCUACAGUAAGGCCUCUUCCAGCAUGUUGGGAGAUGGUCUGCCACAACUUCAGGGCAAAGGUACGUAAGGGGAGAAGGGAGGAUGUCUCAGCCUUCAGCUUUCCCCUGUUAGCACCUGAGAGGAGGUCUGAGGAACUUGUACUGCCGUGUGUUCUAGCUUCCUGCUGUCCCUCUGACAUGCUCUAGAACCUGCACCUCCGACCUUCAUCCACCAUGUGGCCCCUGGGCAUCCAUGUGCACGUCACACAGGGGGAGGGGACUAUCAAAGGACAAGAUCACCUUUACUGUUAGAGGGUUCUGCUGAGCUGGGGUUUUUCUGUUAUUCAACUCUGGGAAAGAGGAUACGUUGAGAAAGAUAUCCUCCCGAAAAUGCUUUUGAAAGUGGGAUCCUUCCCUGCCACUUGGAGAUGAUCCAGUUGUGCCGAAAAUUGGAAGGGUGACCCAUGCAUCUGCAUAUAUGAAUGUGUAUACUGGGUCAGAGCGGGCCCUGCAGACAGUGGCUUCCUGCCUAGGUGGAAGCUGAGAGAAGUGAGAGAGAACUGGAUGUGUACAGAUGGCCCAACCAGAACCACACUGCCAAGGCCAGAUGUGAGAAGCUCAGAAACUGGCAGUGGGUGAGGACAGACAGGCUCUGGGGUGGAGAGUAAUACAACAGCCAAGGGCCCAGGAACCACCUCUCCACCCCAGGGAAUACACAGACGGCUCCAAAGGCUCCUGGGCCUGAUGCCCCCCUCUGCUGGGGUGGGUUGUUAGCACUGGACAGAUGUCUCAGGUGUGUGUAGAGGGGAAAUGAGGAGAAGGUGGGUGCUCAGACAUCAGAAUGUAGAUGUGGGAUUGGUGGGAGAGUAAUACCAGUCCUCAGGUGGACUCCUGCACCACGCCAUCCCAUCCUGCCCUUUCCGUCCAUCCCCAACAGCCUCUUGUCAUCAUUUAGCUACUGAUUGUACUUCAUGGCUUGACAUAGAGGGUUAGAGGAGUCGGGUGACCACACUUAGAGCCCUCUCCCCAGGUUCAUUCUGCCCCUGCUGUGGCCCUGGGCUUCUAUCCCCUCCUACCGUGCUCCAUUUUUUUUUUUAAAUAUACUUAUUUUGCUAUGGGGGAGGGGACUAUCAAAUGGACAAGAUCACUUUUAAUGUAGUUUUUAUAAGAUGUUAUAAACUUGUAUCUUUUUACCAUUAAAGUGCAGUGUAUGUUCCUUCGUGACAUAUUUAGGAUAUUUAAAUAAAAAAGACAGUGCUUUUCUACAUUCUA